GCGUGGUUGCCCAGAAUGUGACUUUGUAUCAGUAGACCAAGUGGCUUUAUACCUUCUUAUACAAGCUGAAACUACAGAGGGUCCACAUCCUACAGUUUCUGCAAUUUUUCUGCAUGAAUGGUCAAGUUAA